AUGACCGGCUUUCGACUAGGGACAGCUGCAAAAAAGACUGAGAAGCUCAGUCCUCCCGCUCAAAAGCCUACUGCACUUGUGGAUGCAGUGACGGCUCCUCCAAGCGGUUUUGGUAUCAAGAGCUAUCUUCAUAAUUUCUAUCACUCACCAACUGUUGAAGACAUUGAACAAAGUGGAGCAUGGUACCUCCUUCCCCCACCACCAUCACAACGUCGGGGUCUCUUCGUGUGCCGAAUCUGCACCGUGCUCGGGCUUUUCCUCUUGUUGAGCGGUGCAAUCGGUAUCAUCAUCGGCUACACAUGGCCUCAUGAAGGAGUCGAGGCAACCAUCAAUCACAUCGCCAUCUAUACCGACGAUGACGGCAAUUUGUACAUCCCAAGCGAGAAGAUGAUCUCUUUUAUGAAAGAUCCAAUGAGACACUGGAAGACUGCAGGAUUCAUUCUGUUUGCUUCUGGCGCUUCAAUCUUAGCCCUUUCGUUGAUGAUCCCCCUCUGUGCUCAAUGCAUUGGAUCGAAGAAAUUGGCUGGCUUCAUCUCCGAGGAGAACUCCCCGAAUGAGCCACCAAUUCGAAUCUAUCCCGGCCAGAGUGGGGCCUCGUUGGCGGGAAGUGGCCCAGUGCCAGUGAUGGAAGAGAUCGCAAAACCAACAAUAUCAUUUCAAAGCCCUCUUCUCAUCUCUCCAACAAAAAAAAGGAAACACGCUUUUUUUUUUCUUUUCGGGUGGCGACCUGCUCUGCCCUGUCUUUUCCCCAUUUCAACAACAUCUUUUAUCAAAAAAAAAUCUUCC